AUGGCUAUUUCUAAUCCAGUUAUAGAUACCUCCCUGGUGGGGAUGGGGGUUUUUGGGCAAAUGCAUGGUCACCGUGACACUGGAGACGAUGCUGCAGGUUAUACCUGCAUGAUGUCCAACACAAAUGUCCCAGAAGGUGGUGGAACUGAAAUGGGGAGAUUCUUCAUUCUGAACAAUCUCAUUUAUGUGAAGAUGGUUCGCUUUAGCUUGCCCAUAUUCAAUGGGCUCUUCUUGCAUGGGGGCUCACCAAUCAUUCUUGGACGUGGCAUUGAGUUGAAAAAAAACUUGUAUCGGAUCAACGCCGUUCUAUAUUCACCACGUUUCAUGCUUUCUGGAGCUGGUCAAUACUCUAUCGGGUUCGCCAAGGCGACAUCAUUGCUAAAACUGAGAAAAUCUAGCACCAAUAAAGGGACGAUAACAAGGGAGGCUAACUUUGUCCGAGACGGUAUUAUCCUUAUGGAACCUAAGUCAUUGUUCAACUUUGUCAUCCGGGGCCUACUUCAAAUUUCUGCCUAUAUUGUUCGUCAGCUUCCAUUGCCUAUGGGUGUACGAAUAGACCAGGCAAAGUUUACGUCUGCAUUCACCAUGCAAGACAAUAUGACAACCAUCACUGCUGAACCUUGGCCUGAAGCUCCAGAUGGUUCGGUCUCUGAUCCCAUUUUACCAGGGGAGAUUGAGGUUGAUGGGAUGGAUCCAUCUGUCAAAGCAGCUCAUAUUCGCAAAAAAAUCCACAUGGAAUGGAUUGACCACAAAGCCAAUAUGGCCAGCUUUAUACCAUCCCAGUGGGGCCACGUUAAGGACUACACAGAUACGACAAGUCAAGAUACAGAAGUUGAUAGGCCAAAACAUGUGGGUGGUGGCAUCAGCAGGAAAAACAAGAAUGAAGGUCAAAACCGGGAGAGGGAGCUUCAACAUUGUUACUGA